AUGAGUGACGCCUACGAACGGGAGCAGCAGAACAAUGCGCUACUCAGCGGUCUGUCAUCCAAAGUGUCCGCUCUGCGAUCUGUGACCAUCGACAUCCACGACAAUGCGCGGGAUCAAGAUACGAUCGACCACACGAGCGAAGUCUUCUCUUCUUUCUCGACGAACCUCAAAGGUAGCGCUUCCCGCCUGACAAUGAUGGCAAAACAAGGCGACACUGUCGCAGUACUGAAAGUUGCUGGUAUCUGCAUCGCUGCCGGAUUCCUUAUUUACAUCAUUCUCGGCUGGAUCUUCUGA